CAUGAACAGAGAACAACUCUUCAGAGUGAAAAAGACAGUGGAAAAAGACCAGUAGCAGGAAGAGAAGAGAGAAGAGGAGUUGAGACGCUUGGCAACAGUGACUGCAGAGUCCGAAGAUGCUGUGUCCGGCCUGGAAGCUGGCACUGGCUGUGCUGUGUGCAUUUUGUUCAGAGACGAGCGGUCAGUGCUGGGAACAUUUGCACUGUAGAGAUCUCAGCUCUGAGGAAAACAUGCUGGAAUGCAUUCGGCAGUGCACGUCUGAGCUGACAGCAGGGCGGCACGCCCCCAGCGCCGUGGAAGCGGACGGGGAUGAGGGCACGCUGGGCUUGCUGCUCCCUGUGCUGUCCGGCAUGCAGGAGGGCCCUGAGGUGGAGGAGCAGGGGCGCGAGCCUCGCCAGGAGGAAAAGCGCUCCUACUCCAUGGAGCACUUCCGUUGGGGCAAGCCCGUCGGGCGCAAGCGCCGGCCGAUCAAGGUCUUCCCCAGCGCCAUGGAGGAGGAGUCGUCCGAGGCCUACCCGGCUGAAAUGAGGAGAGAGCUCCAGGGCAACUGGGACUACGCCCCAGAAGAAGAAGGCAGCUUGUCUGAGGACCACCCACAGCUCACCCUCCAGGCCAAGAAGGACAGCCCCUACAAGAUGAAGCACUUCCGCUGGAAUGGGCCUCCCGCCAGCAAACGGUACGGCGGCUUCAUGAAGCCCUGGGGAGAGCGAAGCCAAAAGCCCCUGCUGACUCUCUUUAAAAACGUUAUCAUCAAGGACGGGCAGCAGAAGAAGGCUCAGUAAAGAC